GUGAAUCCCUCGUCCAGCAUCACCAUGAGCCACCAGCAAACCGUCGAACCCGUGCACAACCACAGCCACGACCAUGACCAUGACCACAGCCACGAGCAUAACCAUGAGCAUGACCACCACGAAGACAAGGUCGUGUUGAACCGCGCCGAAUCCAAGGCCCGCAAGGCCAUGCAAAAGUUGGGCUUGAAGCAGAUCCCUGGCAUCAUCCGUGCCACGAUCAAGAAGAACCAAGGCGUGUUGUUCGUGAUCAGCAAGCCCGAUGUGUUCAAGAGCUCGGCCAGCGAAACCUACGUCAUCUUCGGCGAAGCCAAGAUCGAAGACGCCAACUCGCAACCCCAAGUGCCUCAAUUCGAGCAAGAAGACGAUGCCCCUGCCGCCGAAACCAAGGCGGUCGCUGACGCCGCGGACGAUGACGAUGCCGAAGUGGAUGAAUCCGGCGUGGACCCCAAGGACGUCCAAUUGGUGAUGACGCAAUCCAACGUGUCCCGCGCCAAGGCGGUCGCUGCGUUGAAGAACAACGAGAACGACGUCGUGAACGCCAUCAUGGAAUUGACCAUGUAAAUGGGGUUGAGGUUUAAUAGUCAAUAGAAAAAACGAUGUUUUGGUUGGGACA